AUGUCUUUCUGCUGGAUUUAUCCUGUCCUACUCACAAUUUCUUCUGUAUUUAAUACUCAAGCGCUGAGGACUUACCCAUCCAAUGAAGUAACUCUGCUUGAUUCUAUGUCUGCACUUGGAGACCUAGGAUGGGUUGCAUAUCCACCAGAAGGGUGGGAAGAAAUCAGUGUAAUGGAUGAAAGAAACACGCCAAUGAGGACUUAUCAAGUUUGCAAUGUUUUGGAGGUCAACCAAAAUAAUUGGCUAAGAACUAGCUGGAUUCCAAGAAGUGGAGCUCAACGUAUCUACAUUGAGAUCAAAUUUACCCUAAGGGAUUGCAAUAGUCUUCCUGGAGUGUCAGGUACCUGUAAGGAAACCUUCAACAUGUACUACUAUGAGUCCAACAACAGCAACCUGUGGUUUAUCAAGGAGAGCCACUAUAUAAAGAUUGACACAAUUGCAGCAGAUGAAAGCUUCACUCAGGUGGAUGUUGGGGACAGAGUGAUGAAGCUGAACACAGAAGUGAGAGAUGUCAGUAAUUUAUACAAGAAUGGCUUCUACUUGGCUUUCCAAGAUGUUGGGGCAUGCAUUGCGUUGGUCUCAGUUAGGGUCUUCUACAAAAAAUGUCCUAUAACUACCCGAAACUUGGCAUUGUUCCCGGAUACUGUUACUGGAGGAGACUCAGCACUGGUGGAAGUAAAAGGAUCCUGUGUAAAUAACUCGGUGGAGUAUGAUGCACCUAAGAUGUACUGCAGUGCAGAUGGAGGGUGGUUAGUUCCUAUUGGCCGUUGUGUCUGCAAACCAGGUUAUGAAGAAAAACGGGACGUGUGUCAACCCUGCAAGCCAGGGUAUUACCGAGCUUUACUGACUGACAGCUACUGCAUGAAAUGCCCCCCCAACAGCUUCACUCUGCAGGACAGCUCCCCCGAAUGCACAUGUGAAAAGGACUUCUAUAGGGCGCCCUCUGACCCCAAGUCUACACCAUGUGCACAGCCACCAUCUGCUCCAGAUAAUCCAAUUUCAACUGUCAAUGAGACAUCCGUCAUCAUGGAAUGGAGCCCCCCAGACGACACAGGAGGCAGACUGGACAUCACGUACAAUAUUCACUGCCGAAGGUGCCAAGUGGAAGGGCAGAAGUGCAUUCCAUGUGGAAGUGGCAUUCAUUAUAUUCCCCGUCAGUUUGGUCUAACUCAUACAAGAGUGCUUGUCACAGACCUACUUCCCUAUACCAACUACACAUUUGACAUUGAAGCUUUGAAUGGUGUGUCCGAGCUAAGCUCCAGUCCUAAGCAAUUCAUUUCUGUCAAUAUAACUACAAGCCAAGUAGGAAACGUUUGGUUGAAGGAAAGAAAAAGCAAGGACAGUGUCACUUUGGCAUUUCAAGGACUGGAAAAGGUCAAUGAUGGCUUGGUGGAGUAUGAAGUUAUUUAUUAUGAAAAGUAUCAAAAAGAUCAAAAUUAUACAAUACUGAAAACACAUUCAACGUCUAUGACUGUGGAUGGACUCAAACCUGGGACUGUAUACAUCUUUAGAGUCCGAGCUCAUACAGUCGGAGGGCAGGGAAUUUAUGGAGGUGAAAUAGAGUUGGAGACAAGCACAGAAGACAUGAUAGCCAUCUCUGACACAAACCAAAUCACAAUUUUAGCCAUUUCUUUGGCUGGAGGAUUUGCUCUGCUUAUAUUCCUGGUGACCUGCUUCUUGGUCAGUGGAAGGCACUGUGGUUAUAUCAAAGCAAAGCAGGAUCCAGAUGAAGACAAAAUGCAGUUUCAGCAUGGAAGAGUGAAGCUGCCGGGGAGUAGGACUUACAUUCACCCACAUACCUAUGAGGACCCAAAUCAGGCCGUGCGGGAUUUUGCUAAAGAAAUUGAUGCCUCUUCAAUUCGAAUUGAGCGAGUUAUAGGUGCAGGUGAAUUUGGGGAAGUGUGCAGCGGGCGUCUAAGGUUACCCAGCAAGAGAGAGAUUUAUGUGGCGAUUAAAAGUCUAAAGGCUGGAUACUCAGAGAAGCAACGCCGAGACUUCUUGGGAGAAGCCAGCAUCAUGGGCCAGUUUGAUCAUCCAAAUAUUAUUCGACUGGAAGGAGUCGUCACAAAAUGUAAACCAGUCAUGAUAAUAACAGAGUUUAUGGAAAAUGGGUCCUUGGAUUCCUUUCUAAAGAAACAUGAUGGCCAAUUUACUGUGAUACAGUUAGUAGGAAUGCUGCGAGGAAUAGCUUCUGGGAUGAAAUAUUUAUCUGACAUGAACUAUGUCCAUAGAGAUCUGGCAGCCAGAAAUAUCUUGGUUAACAGCAAUUUGGUUUGCAAGGUUUCUGACUUUGGCCUUUCCCGGGUAUUAGAGGAUGACCCUGAGGCAGCAUACACCACUAGAGGAGGUAAAAUUCCAAUUAGAUGGACAGCUCCAGAAGCCAUUGCAUAUCGAAAGUUCACAUCAGCCAGCGAUGUCUGGAGCUACGGAAUAGUUAUGUGGGAGGUGAUCUCAUAUGGAGAAAGACCCUACUGGGAAAUGUCCAACCAGGAUGUAAUAAAAGCCAUAGAUGAGGGUUAUCGACUUCCACCCCCAAUGGAUUGCCCAGUAGUUCUACAUCAGCUCAUGCUGGACUGUUGGCAGAAAUGCAGAAGUGACCGACCUAAAUUUGGUCAAAUUGUUAAUAUUUUGGACAAGUUUAUUCGAAGUCCAGUCAGCUUGAACCAACUUGCCAACAGUUCCACAUGGCAGGAUCCCAGUAUGCAGGAUGCAUUCACAGUAACGACUCUUGAGGAAUGGCUUGAAGCAAUUAAAAUGAGCCAGUACAUAGAAAACUUCACAGUGGCGGGAUAUGUGACUCUAGAUUCAUUGAUGUAUUUAAAUAACAGUGAACUCAACAAAAUUGGAGUGUCAUUAGUUGGCCACCAGAAAAAAAUUCUUGCCAGUGUACAGAACCUUCACUCUCUAGGGACACAUCUGCAAAUCUAAAAAGCACUGGUAUUCCCCAUAUUCCGGAAUCUCAGCAGGGAUCUUCUCUGUUCUAUCAGAGACAGUGUAUUCAAAGGCGAUAACUGUGUUCCUGAUCACCUUGCAGUGGACAAAAAUAAAAUACUUCAGGGAAUGAUCUCUUCAUCCCAUAAGCUUCACGAACGGUGAUAAAAGAUGAAAAUAUGACUAAGGUGCCUUUGGAUAGGUGUUUUGAAUGGAGAAAAUUCCAUAAGAAAAAAACAAAAGGAAAACUAAACAUAAAAUUAACAAUAUCAAAUACUUUAAGCCAAAUGGUCAUUAAAAGUACAAAGGAACGAGAAGUAUCACAGACAAUGAAUUCAAAUGAUGCAGCAUUUUGUAUAUUAUGAGGUUAGCUACUUGACAGAAGCCCAUCUUUCUCAUGCUGCCAUACUGAUCUGGAUGAGGAUGGAUUUCAUUGCAGACUUUAGUAGUAUGUUCUGAUGUUUUUGAGGUAUUGUUCAAAAGGCCAAAUAGGUGAAACGUUUUGCAGUACAAAUGAUCUUUUCACAGUUUUGUUAAAGAGACGACUUGUAACACAUAGAGAAUAUAAUGCAGGGGACACUCAUGGACAUUAUACUUUUAGCGUCGCAUUUUCAGAUACGUAUAUGUUCCAAAAAAAACUUAAAUUCUAGUUGUUAAAGUCAAAUGGUAAAUGCAUUGUUAUGCAUUAUAUUUGUGUGUAUUUAUGAAUAAACAAUAUGUAUAUUUUGGUUUUCAUAUCCCAAGUCUGUAGCCAUCACACUUUUGAUCUCUCACAAUGCAUUGUCAACGAACUGAAUAAAAUCAAUGUAGCAUUUGUA